AUGGGGUUCUCUCUUCGGACACUCGCGGUUUCAGCUCUGGCUAUUACAACCUAUGCAUCUCCUUUGAUUUCCCCCCGAACAGCAAACACAUCCUAUACCAACUCCAAUGGCCUGACAUUCAACCACUUCAACAAUUCCCUUCCUAAUGUAACCAUCCUAGCCACCGGCGGCACCAUCGCCGGCACAAGCAAGGACAAAACCGCAACAGCAGGCUACAAAUCCGGCGCCCUAGGAAUCAACACUCUCCUCUCCGAAAUACCAGAUAUCUUCAACGUCGCCAACAUCGCCGCCAUCCAGGCAAAUAACGUCAACAGCGGUGACAUCUCCUCAUCCCUCCUCUUGAACCUGACUCACAGGCUCCAGACAGAAGUCUGCGAUGAUCCCACCAUGUCCGGAGCCGUGAUCACUCACGGAACCGACACCCUCGAAGAGUCCGCCUUCUUCAUCGACGCAACGGUAAACUGCGGCAAGCCUAUUGUAUUUGUCGGCUCGAUGCGGCCCUCUACCGCUAUCUCAGCGGAUGGACCCAUGAAUCUCUUGCAGGGAGUAAAUGUUGCCGCAGAUAAGAAUGCUAAGGACCGUGGAGCAUUGGUUGUUCUAAACGAUCGGAUUGUCUCGGCUUUCUUCGCAACAAAGACACAUGCGAAUACCAUGGAUACCUUCCAGGCAUAUGAGCAAGGAAGCCUGGGAUUCAUUGUGUCGAACAAGCCCUACUUCUAUUACCCGGCUGUGCAGGCAAAUGCAAAGCACGUUGUUGAUGUGUCCGAUCUGGAUGCCAUACCUCGUGUAGAUAUCCUGUAUGCUUAUGAGGAUAUGCAGACCGAUUCGAUUUAUAGUGCUGUGCAGAAUGGUGCGAAGGGUGUCGUGAUCGCUGGCCAGGGCGCAGGUGGUGUUUCCACGGAUUUUGCUUCUGCUAUCAAUGAUAUCGUUGCGAAGCACAAUAUCCCUGUUGUGUUAUCGCACCGUACUGUAAACGGCGAAGUACCUACUGCUGCUAUCACUGCCAAGAAUGCGCAGACACCGAUUGCUAGUGGAAUGUUCAAUCCCCAGCAGUCUAGGAUCUUGCUUGGGUUGUUGUUGGCUGAGAAGAAGGGUCUUGUGGAGAUCCGAGAGGUGUUCUCGAAGGCUACCGUUGCUUGA